GACCAAUUAUAUGUAGCAGAAUCAAGUUGAAGGAAGGCCUCUUUGUUUGAAACUCAUCAAGCUUUUCUAAUGGCUGCAGUAUCCCCUUCUCCUGUGCAUUCCCCUAAGCGUACAGUGAGUAUUGACCUAUCAAAAAUAGAAGAAAAGAUGGCAAACACUCCCUCACAGGAUUCAACAGCAGAAGUUACUGUUUUUCCAAUCAAUGCUCACAAGAUAAUGGCAGAGCUGAUGGGAACCUAUGUAAUUAUAUUUAUAGGGUGUGGUUCUUUGAUGAUUGAGGUUAAGUAUGGGAUUUCACCUGUGGGUGUAGCAGUGGCGUGGGGUCUUGUUGUGAUGGUGAUGAUAUAUGCAUUAGGCCAUGUCUCAGGUGGCCAUUUCAAUCCUGCUAUUACUAUUGCUUUUGCAAUUCAAUGCAAGUAUUCAUGGAGAAAGGUGUUGGGAUAUGUGGCAUCACAGAUAGCAGGAUCAACACUGGCCAUCCUCACUCUAAGUGUGAUGCUCCAUGGAAGAGCAGAUAUCAAGUUCACAGUGACUCAGUAUUCGGGUCAGGCAACUGAUCUUGAAGGCUUUAUAUGGGAAUUUAUCACCUCUUUCAUUCUAAUGCUCACCAUUUGUGGUGUUGCCACUGAUAGUAGAGCUAUAAACGAGCUAUCUGGAGUCGCAGUGGGGGCUGCAAUGCUCUUUGAUAUAAUAAUUGCAGGAAAAAUAACAGGAGCUUCAAUGAACCCAGCAAGAAGCAUAGGAGCUGCACUUGUUGCCAAACAGUUUGAAUGUCUAUGGGUGUAUAUUGUGGCUCCCAUUCUUGGAAUGAUAACAGCUUCAACCAUGUACUGUUUCAUCUGGCUUCCUUCAUCUGAAAAUAUUGUUGAUAAGGAUAACGCUAAAACUGUAUAAUAAUCACCAUUCUUUUCCUCUAAAUUCAAUGUCCAAAAAAGAAUCUCAAUCCUAUAUGCUGUAUGAAAACCUCAUUAACACAGAUCAAUGGGUUUUAA